AUGUCCACUGCCAUCUCUCACGAUGCCUCGAACCUACGGCCACGAGCUGUUCCUCUGCAAUCUGAUCUGAAGUCUGAGUCGACGCUUUCUCCUGCCGCCUCGAAGCUCUCCCUAGACAACAGUGGCUGGUCCACCCCUGUCCCUGACGAUGCGCCGCCCUCAGCGAGGUCCAUCUCUACGGCCAGGAAGCAGGUGCGGGCGCGCAACCGCCUGUUCUACACCAUCGACUACGUGCCACGCGUGUCCCACUUUGAUCCGGAGAGCGACUACCACAAUUUCAGGGGCUUCUUUACCCUCUUCUGGAUUGGACUGGCCAUUAUGGUCGGGACGACGAUGCUGCGCAAUAUCAAGGAUACUGGAUACCCUUUACGCGUGCGGGUGUGGAGCUUGUUGACGGCCAACGUGUAUGAGAUGGCUCUUAGCGACCUGGCCAUGGUGGUGAGUUCGGGUCUAGUGUUACCACUUCACAAGCUGUAUCAGUGUGGACCGCAGUGGUUGCGGUGGUCUCGCGCUGGGGUGGUGAUUCAGAGUGUGGGCGAGGCACUGUGGAUGUUUCUAUGGCUCAACUGGCCAUUCAUGCGCCAUUGGACCUGGACGGCUCAGGUCUUCUUCACGCUGCACCUCCUGACCAUCCUAAUGAAGCUGCACUCCUACGCGUUCUACAAUGGGCACCUGAGCGAAACCCAGCGCCGCUUGGCAGCUCUAGACAAAUCAGGCGAGAUCAAGGCCGAAUCCACCGCUGCAGUCCGGUACCCGGAGACACCACGACGUCGGCCAUCCAUGAAAUUGCAACAAGAACAUGAAGAAGGCCACCCGACCGAACCCCUCGACAAGUUGCGCGAGGAUCUAGCCACAGAGCUAACUUCCCCACUGGGCAACAUCUCCUACCCACAGAACCUCCAUGUAGGAAACUAUAUCGACUUCCUCUUCUGUCCGACGCUGUGCUAUGAGCUCGAGUACCCGCGUAAUCCUGAGCGGCGCUGGCGAGAAAUCGGAUACAAGGCUCUAGCUGUGUUCGGAUGUAUCUUCCUGUUGACCAUGACAAGCGAAGAAUUCAUUCUCCCCGUCCUGAACGAGGCCCACCAUCAGCUGGACCUUUACGACAGCGUGGCAGACAAAGCACUCAUCCUCGCAGAGUCCGUCAGCAUGCUCCUGUUUCCGUUUUUGCUGACUUUCCUGCUGGUGUUCCUGGUCAUUUUCGAGUAUGUCCUCGGUGCAUUCGCGGAAAUGACCCGGUUCGCGGACCGACAUUUCUACUCAGACUGGUGGAACUCGUGUGACUGGCUCGAAUUCUCGCGAGAAUGGAACGUCCCCGUGCACCACUUCCUCUUCCGGCACGUCUACUUCCCUGCGCGCUCCCACUUCUCCCAGCCCGUCGCCAUGCUCAUCACGUUCCUGGUCAGCGCUCUGGCCCAUGAGCUGGUCAUGAGCUGCAUCACGAAAAAGCUGCGCGGCUAUGGCUUCGGGGCUAUGAUGCUGCAGCUGCCUAUCGUUGCUGUCCAGAAGUCCCGGUUCUUCCGGGGUCGGACGACUCUCAACAAUGUCUUUUUCUGGUGCUCCAUGAUUCUGGGUCUGUCUAUGAUGUGUGCUUUCUAUGUUCUGAUCUAA